AGACAAGACUUUAGUAUUAUUAUAUUAUAUAUAUUUCUAACUAAAGUUUGCUCCUUUCCUCCUAAAACUAUCAUCUUGACAACCCCUUCUCAGUUGAAGAACCUGGACAAUAUUUGGUUCACUUAAAGUUGAGAUUUUUAAGGUGAUGUUAUGGAUACAAUUGGGUCUCCAGUGUCUGCCUCCAGUAUCAAGAAAGACAGCUUAACUUUCUUGAAAUCUUUGUUCAACAGUACAGAAGAUGAUGUUGUUGAUUCUCAAGCUGCCCCUUUGCCUUUCCUCUCUCCUCUUGCUAAUUCUGUCAUCUCUUCCUGCUCCAAGAUCCUUCAGAAACCAACUGAAGAGUUGCAGCACUGUUUUGACACUGAGCACCCUAAUAUCAUGAAGGAAUCUUUGGUUUAUGCUAGAAGUUUUUUAGAAUUCUGUUCAUAUCAAGCACUGAACCUGAUGACUAGGCGUCCAGAUUAUUUAGCUGACAAAAAUUUUCGUCGCUUAACAUUUGAUAUGAUGCUUGCAUGGGAUGGGCCAAGUGCUGAGAAUGAACUAAAUAUUCUCCAGGAAACUGCCUCUUGUAGUAACCAGGAAGUGGAGGAUGAGGAGGGAUGGUCACUUUUUUACUCUAAUUCUACAAAUAUGGCUGCUCAGGUUGAUGAGGAUAAAACUGUAGGGCUGGAGGCUUUUGCACGAAUUGCUCCUGCCUGUACAGUUAUUGCAGAUGUGAUAACUGUUCACAAUCUCUUUGAUGUACUGACAAUGUCUUCAGGCCACAAACUACAUUUUCUUAUCUACGACAAGUACCUUCGCAGCCUGGAAAAGGUGAUCAAAUCUGCUGCUAAUGUAAAUACAUCUUCCUCUGCAUCCAACCUUCAGCUUGCUGAAGGCGAGAUUAUUUUAGAAAUAGAUGGCACCGUUCCCACUCAACCAAUAUUCCAGCAUAUUGGAAUCUCUGGAUGGCCAGGGCGUUUGACAUUGACCAAUAAUGCUAUGUACUUUGAGUCUAUGGGGGUCGGACUAUACGAUAAAGCUGUGAAAUUUGAACUAGCUGCGGACAUGAAGCAGGUUAUAAAGCCUGAUCUAACAGGACCACUGGGUGCUCGUCUCUAUGAUAAGGCUGUGAUGUACAAGUCCACUUCAAUCACAGAGCCUGUUUAUUUUGAAUUCACUGAAUUCAAAGGCAGUUCACGCCGGGACUAUUGGUUGGAUAUUAGUCUAGAGAUCUUAUAUGCUCAUAAGUUCAUCAGGAUGUAUAAUCUUAAAAAGUUUCAGCAAUUGGAAGCACUUGCUAGAGCAGCACUAGGUAUUCUUCGCUAUCGAGCAGUGAAAGAAGCAUUUCAGAACUUCCCAUCUAACUACAAGACCUUACUUUGUUUUAACUUGGCUGAAAGUCUUCCGGGAGGAUACACAAUAUUGCAAGCUCUUUCAAGUCGUUUGUCAUUAUUGGAUGAUAGUUCAUCUCAACAUGACUCUGUCAGAUCUCCACGUGCUAAUAGGCAACUGAGACAGCCAAUUUCCUAUUUGACACUUUGUAGACAUAAAAUUGUUUCUAUUGAUGAAGUUGGCAUGGACAAAGAAGAAAUGCAGCAAAUUGGUGAUGUUUGUGUUGGUGAGAUAAAUCCUCUAGAAAUGGCAGUAAAGCAAUCAAAACAGGACAUAGGAAGGGCUGAAGCUGCACAAGCAACUGUCGAUCAAGUGAAAGUGGAGGGGAUUGAUACAAAUAUAGCAAUUAUGCAGGAGCUGCUUUUCCCACUCAUUGAAUCAUUUAAUCAUCUUCAACGCCUUGCUUCCUGGGAAGAACCUUCUAAAUCGACCGUAUUUCUGGUGUUAGUCACCUAUGUCAUACUUGGGGGAUGGAUGAAGUAUGUAUUGCCGUCUAUCUUUAUAUUUGUUGCAAUUAUGAUGGGUUGUAAUAGAUUUGCCAACUACGGGAAACCUUUGGAAGCUUUCAACAUUACAGCUCCCCCAUAUCGAAAUGCAGUGGAGCAGCUGCUGGCAUUACAGGAAGCUAUAUCUGAACUUGAAGCUCUAAUUCAAGCUGGAAACAUAUUUCUUCUAAAAAUUAGAGCUCUUCUCUUUGCUGCACUUCCACAGGCGACAGACAGAAUUGCCAUACUACUGGUCAUCCUGGCAGUGGUAUUUGCAUUUGUGCCUGUACAAUAUCUGAUUUUAUUAGCAUUCUACGAGGCAUAUACAAGAGAAAUGCCCCUGAGAAAAGAUAGCAGCGACCAAGUGCUGAGGCGGAUGCGCGAAUGGUGGUACAAUAUACCUGCAGCUCCAGUUCAAUUAAUUAAACCCGACGACAAGAAAACCAAGUAAACGAUAGUCAUAGUAUCUGUGCAGACAUUUGUAAUUCUAAUCUGAAUUCCUCCCUCAAAAAAUUUCUGGAAACAUGAUACGUUGUAGAUGUACAUUUCAUUCAUCAACUUCUGCCUUAGCUUCGAGCACACAUUUUGCAAUUUGGGCACGGAGUUUAACUUCUCAGACCUUGAUCCUGGCUUUGAUUUAUAACUUACAACAAAACCAUCAAACAGUGGGUUUUAAUUUUUCAGCAUGUGAUUAGUGACAAAACCGAAGGAGAGAUCCUCGGAUUGUACUAAUCGCUGUUAGGUUCUUAAUCAUUGUAUUAAUCUUGCUCUUUAUAUGAUUGUUCUUGUAAAGCUGACAGGUAAUCUAAGCUUAAGUUAUGCAAUCACUACAUUGUACUGUUGUAAACUACAUGAUAGCUGGAUACUUGAAUUCAAAGUUGGUGAGUUGAUUAUA